AUGAGUUCCAAUAAUAAUAAUAAUCAGUCCCUACUAUUUACGCCACUGACAAUACGAGGGGUAACCCUCCGUAACCGUAUAGUCGUAUCCCCAAUGUGUCAGUACAGCGUAGCCAAUGGGGACGGUAUUGUCGGGGACUGGCAUUUGGUAGCCUACGGAUCGUAUGCACGUGGAGGCGCCGGACUAGUCAUGUGUGAGGCUACCGGUGUGGAGGCCAGGGGUCGUAUCACACCUGCCUGUCCCGGACUAUGGGAUGACUCACAGAUAGAGCCCUGGGCUCGUAUUACUCGGUUUAUAAAGCAACAAGGUAGUGUUCCGGGCAUUCAACUAGCUCACGCUGGUAGAAAAGCCAGUACGGUAGUGCCCUGGGUCAAUAGGGGGCAGUCCAUUGAUAAUAAGGAUGGUGGUUGGGAUACGAUAAGCGCCAGUCCGAUAGCGUUUGGUGGGGGCCGAGAGGUGGUGUGGAAAGUGCCCAAAGAGGCCACUCAUGAGGACUUGGAUGUGAUUAAAGCCGCGUAUGUGUCCGCCUGUGGCCGGGCAGUAAAGGCUGGGUUUGAGUUUUCUGAGACAGUAAUUGAGCUGCACUUCGCACAUGGAUAUCUGGUCAGCACAUUCCUGUCCCCCAUCACUAACCAUAGGACAGACACAUACGGCGGUUGUCUCGAGAAUCGUAUGCGAUUGGGUCUGGAGAUCGCGCACCUGUGCCGACAAGCCCUCCCCCAACACAUAGUACUGGGCGUUAGGGUAUCGGUCAGUGACUACACUCCUGAGGGCUGGGAUGUGAGUCAGACCAUUGAGUUCGCCAAACAGUUGAAACAAUUGGGGAUUGACUUCGUAGACUGCAGUUCCGGUGGAGUGGUAGCCAACGUGGACUACCAUCAGUGCAAUACCAGUGACGUGCAGAGACAGGCGGCCAGGGAUGUGCACCGGGAUGUGGGUAUAAUGACGGCAGUGGUGGGCAAAGUAGUGGACCCAAUGGUGGCCGAGAAGUUGUUGAGAGAGACGGGCGCCGACCUAAUAAUGAUC